CAUAACUCCUGCAGGCAUCCGUGAAAACUCACAAAUAAUAAUUACGUCCACAUUUGGAAUAAAAGUCGGACAACUGACGGCUUAUGAGGGAAGAGGAGCCGUUAGUCUGAAGAAUUUCAAGAUGGCUUGUGUUGGGCUGGUGAUAGGGCAGCUCAGAGGAGCUCAUCUGUCCAUCAGAGCGUCUGCUCCACUUCUGUCCACUGCAGUUACCCAACAGAUGCAGCAUAAACGAGGCAUUGUGGGCAAAGCAUUGCGAGAGCCUGGCUACUCUCGUCCGGCUCCCUUCCCCUACAAGGAAAAGGAAUACACCUUCUGGCGAGCAUUGCUGGAUGAUACUACACAGCGCUUUGAUGAAAAUUCCAAGAUCAUUGUAGUUGAUGGCCCACCCACUGGCAACAAGGACAAGUUUGCCAAGGAGUUGGCCGAUGAGCUCGACAUGUUUUACAUACCUGGUGCCAACAUGGACUCAAUUUAUGUCAACGAGUACGGCUUUGAUAGACGCACCAUCAACCAUAAGUUGCCUCAAAUUUUCCAUAGUGUUGACAUUGAAGACUUUCUACGCAACCCAAACCGGCGCGCCACUACGCGACUGCAGUUCCACCUGAUGAAAAUAAGAUUUACACAAUAUCAAGACGCUAUUAAUCAUCUCUUGAACACUGGCCAGGGCGUAGUUAUGAACCGCUGCAUCUACAGCGAUCCAGUCUUCAUGAACAUGCUUGUUGACUGUGGCUUCUCCAAUGCUAACGCUCGCGAGUACUACAACGAGUGCCUACAACAAGGUAUGGUUGAGUACCUGCGGCCACAUCUGCUCAUUUAUCUCGAUAUUCCCGUCGAGAAAAUCAUCGAGAACGUCAAGGCGCGCAACAGACCUGAAGAAUUGAACUCCAAGGUCUACACGCCUGAAGUCCUCUCAACGCUUGAGCUGCAUUACAAGAACCAUCUGAGGAACAUCAGUGAGCAUUCAGAGGUGCUGAUCUACGACUGGUCUGAAGAAGGCGAUGCAGAAGUAGUAGUCGAGGACGUGUCUAGGAUUGACUUUGACAAGUACACUCGCUACGAUAAGAAAUUGAAGGACUGGCGCUUCCGUGAUGAGUGGGCCUGGAAAGAAAAAAGAAUAAAGUUCAGCUGCAUGCGCUACAAGUUUGAGCGCUGGCUCAACGUUCCCAAGCUCACGGUACCAGAAAUUGUGGCGAAUGGCGAGGAAAGACUUGAUUUCGAUCAUAUUAUGGCACAGACGCCAGGCAACAAGUAUGCAAAAGGAUUCAACCCGGACAUGGGAGACAAAGUUCUUUUCAAGCUCUAACUAUGCAGGCUUCGCUGUAUCCUGAACACUAAUGAAAAUAUGUAACGAAAACUUCUUAUUAAUAUAUCAUUCAAAAAUAUAAAGUAGUAAUUGAUUGAGCGAAUUUUGUGGGUCAAAGUUAUACAUCGCAAUCAAAUAUACCUGUACAGAUUAA